AUGUUCGACCGUAUGAGUACCCUGCGGUCGUUACCGGCCCACCUCCGUCUCCCGAGCAAGGCGUCCAAGGUGUAUCAGUUUGCGCUGAAUAAUCUCAAUUUCUAUCGUAUACAUCUGCUAUGUUUUACCUUCAUCCCCCUUGUCGUAUCUGGGAUCAUGUACGGAAUUUCGACGGCUUAUCAGAUCCCCUACAUUGACUGCCUCUUCAACUGCAUGUCAGCCAUGACGGUCACUGGACUGGCAACUAUCAACCUGAGUACCCUGUCGGUGAUGCAGCAGGUAUUGCUGUUUAUCCAAAUGACAGUGGGAUCUUUGACUUUCGUCUCGAUCCUGAUGAUCCUGGUCCGACUCCACUUUUUCCGGCAACGUUUCAAGCACAUCAUCCAGGAGCAACGGCGGCUGGAUUACGAGCGGGAAAAGAACUUCAGUCUAGGGCGGACGAUAUCGAGGGUGAACCCUGUGCAAGGCGUGAAGAACGUUAGGCGGAGAUUGAGUAUGAGUCUGGGGAGCGCGACCAAGGACAAGCCUGCUGAAGAUAAGAGCAAGGCCCAUGCCAGUCCCGCAGGCGACGGCGCGUCUACCCCUCAAUCAUCUAUCGAAAUGAAGCCCGUCCAACCCAAUAUCGAGCGCAGCAGGCCGUUACCCUCGCGUACCAUGUCGGCCGCCAAGCCCGCGAAGAAGGGCACGAUGAAGAUCAACAAGGACAUGAUCAAGCGCGUUGAGGGUGGUGGGGUGGGGAUGGUGAACCCUAUGGGAUGGUACGACAACAGUCCUGGACAUACGCCUGGAAAUCGGACGCCGGCGGGAGGAGUCAGUCCGAGGCAUGGGGAUGUCCAGCUGCCGGAGGUGGAUGCGGAGGAGGUCGAGCGGGGACGACGAGCGAGGCAGGCGUCAGCUACGGCCGAUGCAGCUCCGCCCGCGGACGUGGUGCAGAGGAGUGCACUGGGUUUCCUCGACGAGAAGACGGCCGUCAAUGCGCAGACGGCAGGAGAGCAAGGGCCAAUCGGACUACCGUCGGUGCCGACUACGCGCUUCGUCACUAGCUCGCCGGACCUCAUGACCGACCCGGACCGCUCCGACUCAAUGCCCACCAAAACUCCUUAUGCCGGUCGAGCGGUCGAUGAUGAUGCCUUCCCACGCGCCAAGACCAUCGUUUUCGAGGACGACGACGACGGGCUGGAUCAUGACCGGAUGGGGCAGGGAUACGGCCAGUCGCGCGGCUUCACCUCUGCGCGCGAGGGCGGCGGUUACUUCCCCCGCACAGCUACUGGCCGGUCAGCCGCUGGGUCCGCAUUCCCUCGGACAGGCACCACCGCGUCUGGCUUCCCACGUACCUACUCCCUCCGCCCCUCCACCACGCGCGCAAAGCAAGAAUCCAAACUCUCCGGCUUUGGAGGGUUCCCCACUCCCCUCGAGAUCGGAAAGAAGGUCUUUGAGCGGGCGUUCCCCGAGCGCGCAAAAACUCUUAAGCAGACUAUGACCAUGCCCCGUACCAACACCAUUGGGCGCAAGGGUACCAUCGUACCCGAUAUGGAGACGGAGCCGGAGAAGGAGGUGGCGUACAUCUCGUUCGCGGCGGUUGUCGGGCGGAACUCGAGAUUCGAGGGGUUGACGGAGGAGCAGAUGGAGGAGCUCGGUGGGGUGGAGUAUAGGGCCUUGAGGGUGUUGUUGUGGAUCGUCAUCGGGUACUUUCUCUUUGUCCAGCUCGCGGCUUUCAUCAUCAUGGCCCCCUAUAUCAUGGCUGGAGGUCGAUACGAGUACGUUUUUGACGCCCAACCCCAGGAAGUCGCCACCCCUUGGUUCGCCCUCUUCCAGGCCGUCUCGGCAUUCAGUAAUACCGGUAUGAGCCUGGCGGAUCAGAGUAUGAUUCCGUUUCAAGAAGCAUAUCUCAUGGUUGCUUUGGUUGUCGUUUUGAUUUUUGCUGGAAAUACUGCUUAUGUGAGUGAUGAUACUGCACUCCUUCGCCUCACCGUAUGGACGAUCUACAAAAUGACGCCCAAGACUUCUCGGAUACGCGAAUCGCUCAAGUUUCUGCUGGACCACCCCCGUCGGUGCUUUGUCUAUAUGUUCCCGGCGACGCAGACUUGGGUGCUCGCUAUCGUCAUGUUCAGCUUAUACUUCGUCGAUUUCGUCUGCUUCUUAGUUCUUGAUAUCGGAACAGAGGAGAUCCAGGUCAUUCCCGUCGGAACCCGCAUCAGCGCUGCUUUCCUUCAAUCCGCAGCUGUCCGAGCAGCAGGUUUCGCCAUCGUCCCCCUCGCUGCUCUUGCUCCCGCAGUCAAGGUGCUCUACGUCAUUAUGAUGUACAUCUCAGUCUACCCCAUUGCGCUUUCAGUGCGAGCUACGAACGUGUACGAAGAGAAGAGUCUGGGUCUGUUCGAGGAGGACGCGGAGAAUGAGGAGGAUGAUACGGUUUAUGGUGAAAAGGGGGCACAGGCGGUGGCCAAAUAUGUGGGGUGGCAUGCCCGCCGUCAGCUUGCUUUCGAUAUUUGGUGGCUAGGCUUUGCGCUCUGGCUAAUUUGCAUCAUCGAGCGCGGCGCGAUCGUCGACAACACCAACGCGACCUGGUUCAACAUCUUCAACAUCAUCUUCGAGCUUGUCAGCGCGUACGGUACGGUGGGCCUCAGUCUUGGUGUGCCGUAUGACAACUUCUCAUUCGUGGGAUCUUUCUCUACGCUCGGCAAGCUUGUCCUUGUGUUGGUCAUGCUCCGAGGAAGACAUCGUGGUCUGCCAGUCGCUAUCGAUCGUGCUGUCAUGCUCCCAAAAGACUUCACUAUUGAAGAAGAAGAGGCUUUCGAGGAAGAGCGCUCCCGCCGACUCUCGCGUCGAGGAUCCUCUUUACUGCCUGAUGGCUUCACCGAUCACGGGACAGGGAACGGACGGAGGGGAUCUUCCCCUGGUCCAGGGAUGCACUCGCCCCUCCCCUCGCCAUAUCACCGUCGAGCGGGGAGCAUGUCCUCUCCUCAGCAACCGGGACCAACACCGAGCAGCCUCAGCUUCAAUCUGCCCAAACCGGAGGGGAGGUCGAGGAGUCCGCUGGCGUCGAUGAGGCAGUUGAGCGGGGAUGGGAGGGAAGGUACGGUCGCGAGUGGAGGUGCAGGGUCGGGCGGACAGCUCAGUCCCGUCAAAGAAAGCGGGUUUAGCAGGGAGACGACGAUGGUCAGUCGUUAG